AUAAAUAAAUGUUGUUUGGCAUAUUCUUUUUUAUUCAAGUUAAUCAUGUCUCAAUCGUCAAGUUCAUUGUUUAACGACUUGAUACAUUCAGAUGAACAACAAUUAUCAACAGACUCAUCACACACUGUAAAAACCAAUACACCUUCAGUACCCAUCAAUAGUGCUCAUCUUUACCCUCGAUUGGCAGGUUCUAACUGGACAAGUUAUUUAAGUCAGUUUUCUGUUAUCUUGGGUCGUUCCGGUACUGUGUUAAACAACGAUCCAAAUCAAGAUCAAAGAAGACCACGAAAACUAAAGUUAGUCGAUAUCGAUCUAGGUAAUUCAAAAGCUAUUUCACGUAGACAUUGUGAGAUUCGUUAUAGUGCAAGACGUGACCGAUGGGAACUAUACGUGUAUGGUAGAAAUGGAGUAAAAAUAAAUCAUGUUAUUAAAAGGCCCGGCGAUAAACCAUCGAUAUUAAAGUCAAGCGAUUUAAUUGAAAUUGAUGGUACAAGCUUUGUCUUUGUUUUACCUAAUAAUGACAACUAUUUAAAGCCUGGUAUGGAUCCAGACCAGUUAUCAAGAGUACUACAAAACAAUGAUCAACAACAGAAUGAGGAAACUGAAUCAGAAAUUAAUACGCCCAAGGAUGAAGACAACACGCUUAAUCAUGAAUUGGAGUUGGCAGUAGUUAAAGUGCUUGAAAGAUAUAAUUCUCUAAAUACUGAAGAGAUUUUAAAUUAUUUAGAGCCAGAAAUAGAUAAGGUAUUACAUAAUUUAAUAAUUACGAUACAUGUAUAAACCUCCCCUUUUUUUUUUAAAAAAAAUAGGAAAAUUUGCUUCAUUUACUAGUAUUAAAUCCAAGAUUUCAUUUAGUUCCUAACUCCUCAAAAGAAUCAGAUUCUGCUAAAUGGAUGCUUAUACCCCAAACUAUCACUAAAGACCUCGAUACAGCACCUGUCAAGAUUGUGAACGACAAUAACGAGGUCUUUCAUCAAAAAAAUAAAGAGAAUUUACUUGAUACUAGUACAUCACUAAACAAAGUAACCUUCAUACAGACCCAGUCAGAGGCAGAAAAAAUGAAUAAUAGUCAAAGUCGAUCUACAUCAUCCUUUCCAAAAUUAUUUAGUGAUGAUUGGUCUAUAUUCACGCCGAACACACCAGAAACAACUGUUGUUGGCAAUGCAAUACCUGAACCACGGUUAGAAGCAGAGACAGUAACGAUACAGGAAGAAAGAGAUGAUCAUAGUCAAU